AUGUUACGCAACCAGUAUGGAGACCGAAUCCGACACGCCAAGCGCGACCACUGGAAUGCGUGUAUCGAGGAAGCCGACACAUGUGACGUCUGGACGAUAGGCAAGUUCGUCCGCGCAGGGUCCAGUGAUGGCGGGAAGGGCAGCAUACCCCCUAUGCGACGACCAGGCUCUGACACCACCACACGACAAAGCGAGGAGAAGGGCAAGAUCUUCUUUGACACAUUCUUCCCCGCCCCACCCCCAGAAGCAGCACGGCGCCUCCGCGAGACCUACCCCGACAACGUGUUUGAGUUCGCAAACGUGUUGGACGCCCAGAUCGUGGCUGCGUGCAAGAGACUGAAAGAGUUCAAGGCACCCGGGCCAGAUGGCAUUCCCAACAAAUCGGCCCGCCACGCGCUCGAAAAGCGCGCCUCCAACGGCCACGCAGGACUCCAGCGACGCAACAAGAGCUUCGCUGGAGCCGUGGAGAGGGUAGCGGGCUACGGAGGGAGGGAUGAAACGGCCAGUAGGGCCAUACAACAGCGUCUCCUCCUGCCGUGGCCGCGCGUCCCGUCCCUCUUGCUCCCCGGCCUCCUCGCGCUCGGCGCGCACACGCUCGGGGACGCACUCGAUCCACGCGGGCGCAACAUCCACACGUGGUCCGCGCAGGGGCUACCAUACUGGUGGGGCGCGGGCAACGACUGCGUCGGGCUGCCGCCGAGCUGGGUGCUCAGCCCCGAGGGCGAGGUACAGGUCGGUCAACCAAGAAUUCUGCGCGAUCGCGCAGGCGUCGAAGAAGAUUUUUCCUAG